AUGAAAGACAGAUAAUUCUUAAGAGGCUUGACAUUACAUUGCCUAACCUUUUGUUAUUCAAUCUAUUUUUAUACAAUACGAAAUGAAAUUAGUAAUUUGCUUUGCUUGAUUAUUGCAAGCAUUAUUUUAAUAACUAUGUUUAUUUUGCGAUAUACAAAUUCGUAGAUCAAAGUUAUUGGAACUAUACUAUGUAUCUAAAUAGACGUGAUUUGUUUGAUAAUUAUGAAUAUUGUAAAUCUCAAUGUUACCACCUAUGCAUAAUUAAUAUUUUGUUAGUACAUCUCAAAGGACUUAUUUAGCUAAAUAGGACCAUCCUAAUAUUAUUUAAUUAGUCCUUAGUCUCUAUAUUAUGGCACUCUUUUUAUUGGAAGUAUAUUUUAACAAGUAUAUACUCAUUUCCAAAGCAAUUUCACUGCUGAAUCUCCACAAUUAAUUCUUUGUUUAUUAAUGUCAAUUCUAGAUAAUAUAAGAAUAAAGGAGAAGAAGAAAGUAUAGAGAAUAUAAUAGAUAACAACUGCACCAAUGGAUACUGGAACUGCAAACAAGAUGGAUGGUUUGGCCAAAAGAGCACUAUCAAUUAUAGAUCAACCUUCAGAUCAAUCUAAAGAUAGCUUUAGAAAAGGUUAUGAUGAUUUUAGCAACAUUUAAUAAUAUUACAUCAAUCCUGAAAUAAUAUAUAAUUCUUUGGAAUACUUCUCUGAAGGUUUGAUAAUUUUAAAUGUUUUAGAUGAAUAAACUCAUACAUAUAAAAUAUCAUAUAUGAAUAAUGCUACAAGAAUACUUUUUGGAAAAGAUUAAGAUAUAGACAUUCUCUUUAUAUUGGAAAACCUAUCUUCUUUACAUAUAUAAAGUUAAGAUUAUUUUGAAGAUUUUAAUUCAAGAAGAGAUUCUGCCCAGUAAAAACUAGGAAAUCUCACAAAUUCAAAACUAUGUAAAUCUCUAUUUCCAAUGAGAGACUUAAUGUUUUGCUCUUUAAAAUAACCUUUAAAUGAUAUUUAAUUACAUGAAAAAUAUUAAACUAUUAGUAUGAAAGAUUUAUUAGAAAAGAUUAUUAAAACAAGAAGACCAGAUUCUAUAACUGUAAAUACUCAUGUAGAUUUUUCCUUUUUAGAUAAUUAAAAAGCAAUAAAGAUAUCUCAAAAUCUUGCUUAUUCAAGAUAAGAUACUGAUAGAUUGAUGGAAUUCAAACUCACUUUAUAAAGAGAGAAAACCAUUUUAAUAGUAUGUAGAGAUGUAACUCAUCGUUAAAAAAUUAGAUAUUUAAGAGAAUAUGAUAUAUAAAAAUCUAAAAUGCUUUCAUUUGUUAGUCAUGAAUAUAGACAACCUUUAGGGUGUAUUAUUUAAAUGAUUGAAUGUGCUUUACAAUAAAAAGUAAUAUAAAAAAAUGUAGAGAUUACUGAAGAUUUAUAAGCAGCUUUAGAUAAUUCAAAAUAUAUGUUGAAUUUAUCUAAUGAUUUAUUAGAUUUAGCCUAAAUAAAGAAUGGAAAAUUCAAAAUACAAAAAGUACCUUUUAAUUUAGAAAAAUUGAUAGCUGAUUCAAUUAAAAUGUUUGCUUUAAAAGCUAAAAUAAAAGAUUUGCAAUUGGUUUGUGAUUAUAAUCUAUCUCUUCCUAAAUUUAUUGUCUCUGAUAAAAAUAGAAUCAAACAAAUAAUUGUUAAUCUUUUAAGCAAUGCAUUUAAAUUUACUUGUACAAGAAUACAAGUAAUUGUUGAUCUCUAAGCAAAUUAAAAAUUGAGAAUUGGAGUUAAAGAUGAUGGAAUAGGUAUCAGUUAAGAGGAACAAUAAGUUUUAUUUAAAGCAUUUUCAAAAGUAAAUUCAGAAGAAAGCAAAAAAUUAAAUGAAUAAGGUGUAGGAUUGGGUUUGGUUAUUAGUAAUUAAAUAGCCUAAAAUAUUGGUUGUUCAGGAUUGAAUAUAGAAUCCAACAAAGAUCAAAAUAAUCAUUUUUCUUUCUUUUACUUCGAUAUAAUGAUGGAAGUACCUACAAACAAAAAAAAAGUGCCAAGUUUUAAAAUCCCAUAAAUUACACCUCAAUAUUAGGAAGUUGAUGAAAUUACUACAUUCAAUUAAGAAUGUUAAAAAAUUGUAAUAGAUGCAUUUCCAUAAUGUUGUCAUUAUUUAAUUGUUGAUGAUGAUUGCUUUAAUGGAUAUGCUUUCAAAAGAAUUUUAAUUGGAUUAUAGAACAAAUAUGCUUAAACUAUAUAAUAAUUUGAUGUAGAAUAUGUUUCAUCUGGAAAAGACUCUCUUAUAAAAAUCUAAGAAAAGAAAUGUAAUAAGAUUUGUUAGGGUUAUAAACUAAUAUUUAUGGAUGUAGAAAUGCCAGUUAUGAAUGGAAUAUAGACUACAAAAUAAAUCUUGUAAAUUAAUCCAAAAUAGUUGAUUGUUGGUUGUAGUGGAUAUUCAGAUUUUCAGGAGAAAUAGAAAUGUCUAGAGGCUGGCAUGAUUGAUUAUCUCACCAAACCUGUAACAGAAUUAGAUCUCAUGCAAAUACUACAGAAAUAUUAAUGA